AUGUUUUCUCGAUCAUUUUUGGUAUUCUUCGGAGUGUUGGCUCUCGUCGCUCUGACCAUCUCUGCACAGCCAGUGAUCGACGACGAGCAGCAGGAAAAUUCGUUGGAGAUCGACCUGAGCGAGCUGGACGAAGUGGAAUCCAGGAAUCCAGCCCUCGCGAUCGCCGUGAGAGUCUUGGCCGGCGCCUUCAGAUGGGCGGCGAAGCAUUGCUUGAAGGAGGCCGCUCAAAACUGCAAACAGCAUUGGAAACAUCCUAAGGCUCUCGUCAACUGUGCCAAACAUUUCUUGCAAUCCAACAGGGGCCGUUGCGCUUUGGGCUAA